CUAUCACGUCGAUUUCCGUAUUAUGACGUACCAUCUGAUUUUAUAUUUAAUAUAUAAACGCACAUAAAACUGUACAGAACAUAUUACGACAAACUAUCGUAACAUAAAAACCAAACAAAAAUGACUUUCUGGUACGUCUGUGUUUUAGUAGCUGUGAGUGUUGCUCAUGCUAAGGCAGGAUGUCUCCUCCCUCCACCUUUACCCCCAGCAAGUAGCUUCCUUCCUGGUCUUUUUCCUUCUGGAUUGCCAAUCGCUCCAGCACCAGCUGCUUGUGCUCCAGCACCACCUGCAUGUGGACCUGUUCCUAUUCAAGUUCCAGUGAAGAGGUUCCAACAGCCAGACUUAAACGUCGCUCUGCCUGUACCAUCCGAAAUCCAUUUGGGCAAGUACUGCUCUUGCCGUAAAUACGGAAUUACUCCAUCUUUGGUUAAUCCACCACAAGUUGUUGAUGGGCCAGUAGAAACCAUUAAUGUACCAGAACCACCACCACCAACUACACCAGCGCCACCAGCGCCACAACCUGCCCCAGCUCUAUCUCCGGCCGCCAUACAAGCUCUUUUGGCUUUAGUACCUGCCCCUGCUCCUGUUCCUGCUCCAUGUGCUGUACCAGCACCAGCACCAGUACUAGAUUGUGGUUGUUACUAAAUCAAUUUUCGCCCGUGAAUAAUAAAAAAUCCUUGCUUUAGCCUUA